UGUCCCAAAGAUCGUCAUUUAAGGCUGUCUGUAAAUUAGAUACACUGGAACUUUUAAAACCCUAAAUAUAUCCUUUUUAACGACAGGCCUUUCAAUUGGGGUGGUGGAUAUCCAGCUUCAAUAUUGACGGGCCAAACAAGGGUGACGUUUUCUGAAUUUUGCGAUCCUCCGAAGGACAGACUUUCCUUUAUGAUUGACGUAAUAGUCAAAGAGAAAUGUUCCAUGAUAUUUGCUCUACCACCUUUGAUGCAUGUGCUUAUCAAAAGACAGGAGGAUUUGCCAUAUGAUUGGCCAGUUGAAGGAAUACUGACUGCUGGACAGCCACUUACUAAGCACUUAGCUAAUUGUGUUGGGAAAGCUUGCAAAUUCCUUCUGUGCACGUAUGGAGGCUCAGAAUUUGCAUUUGCGACUGAAGCAAAGAUCACUGAUCCAAAUGAUUUUGUCGAAUUUGGAUGCGGAAAACCAUUUAAUAUUCCUGGACUGGAAAUCAAAAUAGUGGACGAGAACGCCGAAAUAGUACCCGUCAAUCGGAGAGGAGAAAUAUACGUUCGAUCAGAGAUCAUGUUUCUUGGCUAUUUCAACGAUCCGGAGAAAACAAAAGCUGUGCUCUCCGAAGACGGAUGGUAUAAAACAGAUGAUAUCGGGAGGAUGACCGAAGAUGGUGAAUUCUUUGUAGAGGGUCGAAAAUCCAAUAUGAUUAUUUCAGGGGGAUUUAACGUUGCUCCAGAGAUUCUUGAGAAUGUUAUGAAAACUUUCCCUGGUGUAGAUUCCAUCAUUAUCGUACCAGUUCCGGAUGACGUUUACUAUCAAGUGUUGUGUGCUUGUAUUGUUAAAAAGGAAGAUUGCGAAAUAAGCGAAGAAGAUAUCCGAAAGAAUUGUUGCGAGUAUCACGCAGACAAACCGGGACUUUUUACAGUUCUCCCGAAAUACUACAUGUUCUUUGAAUCAUUUCCUGAAACUAGAAGUGGUAAAACUCACCGGAAGGAAUUGGAAAAGAUAGCACUUGAACGUUUUCAUAACUAAAAUGGCCUCUUGGAACAGUUUUUCGUAUAUCUCUUUUACCCAAUGACUAGCUUUUUGACUAGAGUUUACCAAAAGGUAUUGCCUGUUGUACUUACCACUUUUCACUUUUUAAAUAUAUCAAAUAUCAUGAUCGUUUAAAAUAAGUUUUUAAUAUGAACCUUAUUUAGGAAUGAAUGUCAACCAAUAUCUAUGUAAAAAGACACCUAAGUAGUGUUUGCGUGAGUAAAUGCAUAAUAAAAAUAAAAUGUCAGUUAAACACAA